ACGACUCCACGCUCCGUCCCCCCUCUGUCUCUCUCUCUCUCGCUCUCUCUCUCUCUCUCUCUCUCUCUCUCUAUUUCGUCUAAGGCUUCUCGUCUCCGCUUCUCCGCGGCGCCCGAUCACCUACCCAUCGUCGCGCCCCCCCGUAUACAUCACCCGGAGGGCGGUGACGCAUCUUAUUCUCACCUCCCUUUCUCCUCCGAAACCCUAACCCUAGCCACCUCCUCGUCCCCGACCCCGAUCCCACCUAGGGUUGGCUCUCCUUCAUGCGGUUUUGCGCCGCCGCGCUGCCCGCGCCCCCCGGAAUCGCCCCGCGCCAUGGCCCAUCCGGGGAAGUUCGUGUCCGUUAACCUCAACAAAUCCUACGGGCAACACUCCUCGUCGUCGUCCUCCUCCACCGCCGCCGGCCAUGGCCGCGCCGGUCGGUACGGCGGAGGCGGCGGCGGGGGCGGAGGGGGAGGGAUGGUGGUGCUCUCCCGCCCCCGGAGCUCGGGGCAGAAGGCGGCGCCGAGGCUGGCGGUGCCGCCCCCCUUGAACCUGCCGUCGCUGAAGAAGGAGCACGAGCGCUUCGACCCCGCGGCGUCGGGGUCCGCCGCCGCGCAUGGGAGCUCCGGGUUCGGAUCCGGAUCCGGGCCCUCCGUGAUGGGGUGGAACAAGCCCGCCCUCCGCCCGGCUCCCGAGGACAAGGAUGCUAUCGGCGGAGGCGCGCCUCUUACUGGGAGAUCGGCCCUCGAUGGGGAUCGCCUCACCGGGAGCCCAUACACUCCCCCCGGCGCCCGGUCCGCAGGCCCCGCGCCUCCCAAGUCUCCGGCCUUAGGUUUCGCCGAGAAAGCCAUGAUCUUGAGGGGCGAGGAGUUCCCGUCUCUCCUGGCAACGGUUGCUUCCGCCUCUAAGCAGAAGGAAAGCGCGGGUCAGAAGCAGAAGCAGAAGCAGGCGAGUGAAGAGGCAUCUUACGGUCGUGCGGAGAAGCCCGAGUCGCAAAUUCCAUUAGACAUGCGCCCCCAGAUGAGGCCCUCUCUUUCCAGCUCCAGUAAUGCUUCGGAUGGUCAAAACAGCCUGAAAGGCAGCUUCUUUGAGCAGCAGCGGAAGAAGGCCGGCUUGUCCGAGCAGCCGCUCCCGCUCGUCAAGCUGCGGCACUCUUCUGACUGGGAUGACGAUGAGCGCGACACCGGCCUCGGUAUCCCAGAACGAGAGAGGGAUCGUGGGCUUGCAAGGUUCGAGCCUCCUCUUGUUACUGAUCUUUAUGAUGGCCGUGGCCGACGUGGUGAACUCGGCUCCCCUGCUUCGAAUAAGGAAAGUAGGGAAGGUGGUUCUUGGAGGUCGCAGUUGGGGCAGCCGCGGGACAGGUUUGGUGCCCGUGAUCCUGGGGUUGAUAGAGAGCGAUCGGAUACUAGGCCUUUUAGCGCUGGAAAAGACAUGCGUAGGGAGGAUUUGAAUGGCCUCUCGCCUUAUAGAGACAAUAGUCGAGAUGGCUUUGUUGUUGGGAAGCAGGAUUCAAGGUAUUCUCGAGGGAUGAACACUCAGAAUGGAAGGAAUGUAGUCGAAGCUUUCAGCGGGAGAGGUGCCGAGCAAAGUGCUACCACUCACGGUCGGUAUGGUGAUAAUUCCAAUAACUGGUACAAAGGAAACUCAUUUCAUGGUAAUGCUCAUUCUAAGGGACAAUUCUCUCCUGCGAGUAAAGGAUUUUCACCGGGUGAUCUAACAACGAAUUACGGGAGAGAGAAGCGGCUGGCCUCAAACUACGCUAAGCCAUACGUCGAGGAUGUGGGCUUGGACAGCAGUGAUCCCUUUUCCAAUGACAUUGGAGAUUUGAAUGUUAAAAUGUUCAAGAAAAAGAAAGAGACACAGAAAUCGGCUGAUUUCUACGAUCCCGUGAGGGAAUCAUUUGAAGCUGAGCUUGACAAUAUCCUAAGGAUGCAGGAGCAGGAGAGGCAAAGGGUGAUGGAAGAGCAGGCAAGAGCUUUGGAGCUUGCGCGGAGGGAGGAGGAAGAGAGAGAGAGGCUGCUGAGGGAGGAGGAGGAGAGGAGGAGGUUGCUUGAAGAAGAAGCCAGGGCGGCGGCUUGGCAGGCUGAGCAGGAGAGGGUGGAGGCUGCCAGAAGAGCCGAGGAACAAAGGAUUGCUAGAGAGGAGGAGAAGAGGCGGGUUUUCAUGGAAGAGGAGCGGAGGAAAGAGGCCGCUCGUCAGAAGCUGUUGGAGCUCGAGGCGAGGAUUGCCAGGAGGCAGGCCGAAGCUAAUGCGAGAGAUGAUAGACUCCCUUCUGCUGCUUCUAAGGAAAGAGACAUGCCACGAGUUAACGAUGUCCAAGAUUGGGAGGAUGGUGAGAGAACUGUUGAGCCGAUCAUAAGUUCUGCACCAUAUGAUUCCCCUGGUGUAAACAGAUAUGUCUCUUCAAGGGAUGGAAAUUCUUCGUUAGUGGAUAGAGGGAAAAAUUCGUAUUACAGUUCAAGCGCCCUGCUUCGAGAACAGGAGAAUGUUUACCACAGUCCAAGAAGAGAUGCAUUUGACAGUAGGAGAGGAUUCGCGAAGAAAGAGUUCCAUAGCGGUCUGGCGACAAUGUCUGCAAGGCCAUCUUCUAAAGGGGGUAGAGUGGAAUCGCCAUAUAAUUCAGAUGAUUCCCGUUAUGGAAGAACACAGCAGAGGUGGAACAUGUCCAGGGAUAAUGAUAAUUUUAGCAAGAACUCUGAUUUUAGUCCAGAUUUUCUUGAGAGUGACAUAUUUGGUGAUGCUGCAUUUGGAAUGGGUAAUUUUCAUGAAAGUCCCCGCUCACAGCCUGCGGAUAGAUUGUUUCAGAAUACUGAGACUGAUGGCUUUUCCUCCCCUGCGAAAUUUCGCCAUUCACUGAGGCAGCCGCGCGUACUCCCUCCUCCAUCUGUAUCUUCGGUGCACAGAAGUAAUUUCAGAAACUCAGCUGAACGUGCAGAUUCUUCUUUCCUGGAGGGUGAAGCUCAAUAUGCAAAUAGAAAUGAGCAACAAAUUCUUCAACAGCCUGCGGCAUCUGUAUUAAUGGAAGAAAAUGCUAUUUCUCAAGAGCAAAUUGAGAAGAACAGCCCAAGAUGCGAAUACCAAUCUUCUCUCUCAGUUUCCAGUCCGCCUAGUUCACCCACACAGCUUUCACACGAAGAAAUGGAUGUUUCUGGAGAUGCACCGGCACUGCCAACUUCUGCUGAUGGUGAGCGAACUAUCUUAUCUGAUAAUGAAAAUACUGCUAUUGAGCUGGCGGCUAGUAAUGCCGCUAGACUAACAACUGGUAGUACGGUCUCCUCUGCGGAGGACGAUAACUGGGGUGCUGGAAAUAAUGAAGAAAUGGAGGGGCAAGAUGAGUACGAUGAGGAUGACGAUGACGAUGACGGUUAUCCGGAAAUUGAUGAAGCCCAUGAAGGUGAUGAUGAAAAUCUUGGCUUAGGUCAGCAAUUGGAAGAUAUAGAGGAAAAGGUUGGAGAGAUGGAACAGGUUAUACUUGGUUUCGAUGAAGGUGUUGAAGUUAAAAUUCCUGGCAACAGUGAGCUUGAAAUUGCUGCUCGGAAUAGUGACAGUGCAUGUAAGACACCCGAGAAUGCCUUCUCAGAGGAGACAAUGGAUAUCUCCUCAAAAAUUCUAAGUGAAGCCGAAAAUGCGAUACGGGAUUUGGCUCUUGAGCCAGCUGCAUCAAGUAGCUUGGAAGUGCAAGCACAAGAUAUGAUGACACCAUUGUCAAGCUUGCCGUUGCCAUCUACAUCUUUACUACCACCCCCUGUUUUAUCAUUGCCAUCCUCUACAGUUGCGAGUCAAAGUGAAGUGCCUCUUCAGCUUCAAUUUGGUCUCUUUUCUGGUCCUUCUCUAAUCCCAUCCCCUGUUCCAGCGAUUCAGAUUGGCUCCAUUCAGAUGCCAAUCCAUUUGCAUACCCAGGUCAACCCGUCUUUAACUCAGAUGCACCCUCCACAAGCCCCGCUGUUUCAGUUUGGCCAACUGAGAUAUGGCCCACCACCAAUCUCUCAAAGCGUCUUGCCUCUACCUCCUCAGCCUCUGCCCUUUAUUAAGCCCCCCGUGUCAGCUUCUUACAUGUUGAACCAAAACCCUUCAGGUAGUCUCCCUAACCAAGUGACUCCAACCACUUCUUUGCGGAACAAUUUAGGACAGACCGAGCACUCUGAUCUCUCUCAGAAGAAUGUAGAGUUUGAGUCGCUGAAACCAUCACCUAGUGACCAAAUGAGAGAACCUGUGUUGUCUCGCAGACAGACCGAAAGUUUUUCUGUGGGUGAGAAAAUGAAUAUAACUGGUACUGUUGUCCGAAAUGAGCAUCGUGGGAAUCAUGGUAUUUCUUCGAAGAGGAGUUUUAGGCCCGUCCCUCGUGAAUCUCAAUUGCCUCAGUUGGUCUCAGAAGAAAAAGGUAUGACUGGCUUGAUGGGUCCAGGAGCUGUCUCCAGUGGCAGAGGGAAGAGAUAUGGUUAUGCUCCAAAAAGCUCUGGUUUAAGGUUCCCAUUUUCAGGUGCAGAAAACUCACAGACAAAUUCAAAUGGAUUUCAGCGAAGAACUCGAAGAAACAUGCGAAGAACUGAAUUUAGAAUUAGAGAAAAUGUUGAGAAGAAACAAUAUCAUGUUGUGGAGUCAUUAAACCAUGUCGGGCAGGAUAGAAGCCAAAAUAUUAGCGGCAGAGCCAGGGGCGCUUUUGUCAGGAAUGUGGGUAAGAAAGAUGGUAUUUCGAAUAAACUUGCUAGGAUUGGAAGUGAACCGGGCAACUUAAAUUCAGACCAGUCUACUUCGCGAGUUGUGGGUUUUAAUGGCAGAAUGGAUAAAGCCAUUGACAAGCCCCCUGGCGGGAAGCUGAACUACAAAAUAAGUGGAGAUUUUGAGGAUAUUGAUCCUCCUCUGCAUAGUGGAGUUGUCCGUGUUUUUGAGCAGCCAGGAAUUGAAGUUCCUAGCGAUGAGGAUGACUUCAUCCAGGUAAGGUCCAAGAAGCAGAUGAUAAAUGAUCGUAGGGAACAAAGAGAAAAAGAAAUUAAGUCCAAAUUGAAAGUGCCCAAGGCACCUCGCAAACAAAGUACCAUUUCACUAGGUAAUAAUAAUCCUACCACCAAUCAGAGCAAAGCGGCAGUUUCUUUUGUUAAAGAUGCUUCAGGUAGCGUUCGUUCGGAUUCUGUGGCCGCACAGGGAAGGGGCUCCAGCAAUCUUGAACCUUCGCUCGUAUUCACUGGCAAUUUGACAUCUCGAACUCUACCGCCGAUUGGUACACCUUCAAUGAGCAAUGAUACCGAUUCCAGAUCCAAUGAUUUGAAGUCCAAUCAGGCAGCCUCUGUUCCGGCCAUCUCGUGCACUGGGGAGAAACUUGUAUCCGGCAUACUGUUCGAGAACAACAAAGUAGCUUCUGACAAUGCUUUAUUGUCUUUGGGUUCCCAGGAUAAUUUGCAUACAAAUCAACAUGUUAUGUCUUUAACACAAACUGAACUUGAAGAAGCUAUGAAGCCUGCACAUUUUGAGUCUCAUGCAGCUCCUGUAAUGUCUCUUGAACCCAACAAGUCCAUAACAUCAACAAUGACUCAGGACAAACCUUUUUCUUCAUCGGCCAGUCCUAUCAGCUCCCUUCUUGCUGGAGAAAAAAUUCAAUUUGGGGCAGUUACUUCACCCACCAUUUUACCUACUGUAAGCCGAACCAUAUCCAGUGGACUUGGUCCUCCAGGUUCAUUUAGGUCAGAUCUAAACAUCGAUCGCAAUGUACCUACAACUAACAAUGACUCUGCUUUGUUUUUCGACAAAGAAAAGCAUCCAGAGGAAUCUUGUGAAGCUCUAGAGGAUGCAGAGGCUGAAGCUGAGGCUGCUGCUUCUGCUGUUGCUGUUGCUGCUAUCACUGCUGAUGAGAUAGGUGGAUCUGAGAUGGGUGCAAGUUCAGCUCCUGUUUCAGACACCAAAGGCUUCAGUUUAUCGUCGGGAGGUGUGACAACUGGUCAAAAUUUAUCUGUUCAAUCAUCAGGUGAAGAGUCUUUAACAGUUGCUCUCCCAGCAGAUCUCUCAGUUGAUACUCCAUCCCUCUCCUUCUGGCCUCCUUUGUCAAGCCCACAUAGUUCUGGGCCAAUAAUUUCCCAAUUCCCUGGAGCGCCACCAUCUCAUUUCCCCUGCUUUGAGAUGAACCCAAUGAUAGGUGGCCGUGUUUUCACCAUUGGGCCCCACGAUGAGUCCUCUGGCCCUCAAGCCCAAUCGCAAAUUAGUGGCGCUUUGCCUUCAGGCCCAAUUGGGGCCUGGCCACAGUGCCAUUCUGGUGUUGAUUCAUUUUAUGGACCUCCAGCUGGGUUUGCAGGCCCAUUCAUUGGUCCUGGAGGGAUCCCUGGUGUACAAGGCCCGCCACAUAUGGUGGUGUAUAACCACUUUACUCCGGUGGGGCAGUUUGGUCAAGUAGGAUUGAGUUUCAUGGGGACAACUUAUAUUCCUACAGGAAAGCAAUCUGAUUGGAAGCACAACUCAGUGUCUUCUGCAGUGGGUGGUAGUGAGGGCGAGCUAAGCAAUCAAAGUGGUGUUUCGAGCCUGUGCACCUCUUCCAGCAUGCCUGCCCCGAUCCAGCGUCUCGGCCCUCCGCCUCUCAUGCCCAUGGCUUCUCCUUUGACCAUGUUUGAUAUCGCGCCUUUUCAGUCAUCUUCUGAUAUUUCGAUGCAAGCUCGCUGGCCUCAUCUGCCUCCGCCACCGCUUCACUCUGUCCCCCUCUCCGUCCCACUACAACAGCAUCAGGUUGAUAGCGGGAUUCCUUCAAAUUUUCGCCAAAAUCUUCCGUCGGAAAAUCCUACGGGAAACAACAGCAAAUUCCAUGAGCCCCUCUCAUCAUCUUUAACUUCCUCUGAUAACAAUAAGGGCUUCCCGCUUCCAAACUCGACCCACUCGCACUUCGCAAAUGUGCUAAAUCUUGUACAACAACCAACUUCCAACAGUGCUACCAUUCAAACCCUAAGUCCGCCGAGUGGAAACAACAAUAAACUGCCAAACAUUUCUAAAACCUCUGCAAGGGCUACUAUAACUGCUAACCAAACUGGAGGCCCAUCCAACAAGCCUCACCAACAACCGAUGUCAUCGGGCCAACAAUACCUUCACCCAGUCGGGGGUACGUCCCAGAAAAUGGGUACCGGAGGUGAAUGGCACAGGCGGUCGGGAUUUCACGGAAGGAAUCAGAGCACAGGAGCCGAGAAGGGUUUCAGCGCGGGAAGGAUGAAGCAAAUAUAUGUCGCCAAGACAUCGACUAGCGGACCUGCAAAUCCAGCAUCGUAGAUGAAGGUCAGCAUCUUCGCCGAACAUCAAUGCUCAUCGCGACUCCUGCUUCUGAUCUGGGAUGUCGGGUUAUCGAGAGACAUGGGGUGAACAGCCUUAUUUGUUAGCCGUAAUCGUUGAUUUUUAUUUGUUCUUAUGUUUUUGCCGUGCUUUGUUGGCUGCAGCAUUCUCUUACUUCUGGAUUGCCAUUAAUAGCAAGAGAGAGAAAGAGAGAGAAAUGUGGAAUAGUUUUUUGUUAAUCAGGAUCGAAGUUUCUUUUGCUAGUGUUUGGGGGUGGGUGGCAUGGAAUUCACAUGGCAGUAUAUUCAUGCUUCAAUAUGUAUUGACACUCAUAAUUGUUGUAGUAGUACGUGUUGGUUUGAUAUGAGGAAUAAUAAUAAUUUUAUUUUCCAGGCUCCUUAGGAGCCGUGGAUUGCUGUAACAAAUCUAGAUGAGUGCUUAAUAAUUUUCGUCUA